AUGAGUGCGAAGAAAAGAGUUGCCGUUAUUGGUGCUGGAGCUUCUGGAUUGCCAUCUAUCCGGUAAGUAUAUCUAAAUUCGCUCAAAAAGUACAGUCCUCAUUUUCAGUCAUGGAUUGCUCUAUGGUGCGGAUGUUACUUGCUUCGAAGCUUCUGAUGAUGUGGGAGGGCUUUGGAGAUACAAGUCCCAUGAAACGAACGGUAAUAUAAGUUUUAUUUUAUAUAAAAUGCAUUUAUUCCCUGCUCCAACUCUUGACCACUUCAGAAUCGUCGGUUAUGAAAACGACAGUGAUCAACACCUCGAAGGAAAUGACGGCGUAUUCGGAUUUCCCCCCGCAGGGUGGCCUCGCCAACUUCAUGCAUAACACGGAAAUGCUCAAUUAUUUUAAGUCAUACGCUGAGCAUCACGGGCUCAUGAAGCAUAUCAAGCUCCGUCACCGCGUGCUCAAUGUGGAGAGAUCGAAGAAUUACGAGAACGAUGGAACCUGGAAGGUCACCUACCAGACUCCGGAAGGAAAGACUUUGGAGGAGGUGUUCGACGGAGUUCUCGUGUGCUCCGGCCAUCACGCCAUUCCUCACUGGCCCACUCCGUUCCCCGGACAGAACGAAUUCAAGGGGAGAAUCCUUCAUUCGCACAGCUACAAGGAUCACAACGGAUACGAAGACAAGGUGGUUGUGGUUGUCGGAGUCGGAAACAGCGGAAUCGACGUGGCAGUCGAAUUGUCUCGCAUUGCCAAACAAGUCUAUUUGGUGACUAGAAGAGGAACUUGGCUCAUUCCAAAGUUGGAGACUCGUGGAUUGCCGUUCGACGUCAUCAUGAACACGUAAGUCAUUCUUUUUGCUCUUCUCAAAAACCUCGUUUUUCCAGACGCUUCUUUUCUCUGUACAAACUGUUCCCUCAAUUCAUGUUGAACACUCUAGUCGAGUACCGUAUCAACCAGCGAAUCGAUCAUGACUUGUACGGCCUGAAACCAGCCCACCGUGUCUUCUCUGCUCAUCCUUCGCUCAAUGAUGAACUUCCGAACCGAAUUGCCAACGGAACUGUCAGAAUCAAGCCGAACAUCAAGAAGUUCGACCGUCACGCCAUUCAUUUCGACGACGGAACGAUUAUUUCACACGUGGAUGAAGUCGUCAUGUCGACCGGUUACUCGUUCGAGUUCGAUCUGAUCGAGCACGGAAAACUGGUGCCAGUGAGCGAGAAUGAGGUUAACCUCUUCAAGUACAUGUUCCCAGUGGCCACUUCGGAUCACAACUCGCUGUGCAUCAUCGGGCUUAUUCAGGUAUUUUUGAAAAACAUUUCCAGUGGAAAAUCAUCAUCUGUUCCAGCCGUUUGGAUCCAUCAUGCCUGUCUCCGAGCAACAAGCUCGUGUGUUCUUCGCAAAUCUCUUCUCGGGAAACAACAUCAUUCCCCGCAAAACUCAGAUGACUGCUGACGUCGAGAACAAGAAAGAAGCAAUGGCGAAGCAGUUCGUCAAGUCCAGAAGACAUACCAUCCAAGUGGACUACAUCCCGUACAUGGACGAGCUCGCCGAACUCAUCGGCUGCCAGGUGCCCAUCUUCCGCUCUCUGCUCACCGAUCCCCUGCUCGGUCUUCGUCUUUUCUUCGGCCCGAACGCCGGUUACUGCUACCGUCUCACCGGCCCACACACGUGGCAGGGUGCCAGAAAGGCCAUCAUGACCAUCGAUCAGCGCGUCCGACAGGCGACCACCACCAAGCCAGAACCGACCAACUACACCAUCCCGCUGCUGAUCUCCACUCUCAUUCUGUUCGCAAUCAUUUACUUUUCCUUGUAA